AUGCAGAAGCAGGCCCAGCACUCAAGCUCCUGCCUGCUCCUCUGCGGUCUCCUCGUCCUGUGCAUUCUGCCGCACCUUUGCCGAGGGGCGUUUACGUUGUCCCUGUUGCACACGGCCAAUACGGACUCGCAGGUGCUGGCCGUGGGUCAAUUCAACGGCCCGUGCACCCCUACCAAUGCGACCAGCGGCAACGACUCCUACGUGGCCGAACCGGCCAACCUCCCGUGCAUCGGGGGCGUGGCACGGAGGACGGCGCUCAUCAAAUCCAUUCGCGCCAGCGUGGAGAACUCCCUCCUGAUUGACGGCGGCUAUCUCUUCACAGGCACGCACGACAACUCUCAGACCUGCUCUGUGUUUUGGACGCUCUUCGGCACGGAGAUGCUGGGGCAGUACUACCAUGAGAUGGGCUACGACGCGAUCAAGAUCGAUCUGUUUGAGUUCUUUGGUGGCGUGGAUCAGUUGGCCAAGUUCAUCCAGCUGGUGCCCAACACCCAGGUCGUCGCGGCCAACCUGGUGGGCAAGAAUGACUCCCGACUGGUCAACGCAACGAUUGUGCCCUAUGCCAUCUUCACCUUUGCCAGCGGUGACAAGGCAAGCUCCUCUCCGUCUUCACACUACCAGUGGCGUGUUUAUAACUCCUUCAGCGAGUUGAGUGGCAUGCUACAAGCCGUGGGCAGCAUGUUGAACCAAGGAGUCAACAAGAUCAUCGUCUCUGUGAGCGACGUGAGCGUGCUCGACUCAGUCAUCAAUUUUGUGCCGGGAAUCGACAUUGUGAUACUCCCCAACGCCCUCUAUGCCAACGACGAAGGAGUGCACGAAGUCGUACAGGGAACCUAUCCUCAGGUCAAGUACAUGGCCUGGGCCGGUUCUGAGGCGGGUCCUCAACCUCUGCUCGUCGUGGCCUCGGGUAACUUUGGCCGAAGGCUAGGAAGGCUCGACGUGACCUUCGAUGACUAUGGAGUGUUGACGUCGUGGAAUGGGGAGUCCAUUCAACUCGAUGCGACGAUCGACGCCGACCCCGGGAUCCAGGAGCAGAUAUUGGCCCAAAUGGACGAAGUCCGGGCCUCCUCAAGUAAGGUCGUGGGCAAAGCAGCCAUCGACAUUGAGUGGCAGAACUCGUGCGUCUUCGGCGAAUGUGCCAUUGGCGGCUGGAUCGCCGACGUCUUCCGCAACGUGACGGGAACUCGGAUCGGGCUGGUCAACGGCGGCGCAGUCUAUGGUCCGUUCCGGGAAGGGAGCAUCACGCUCGGCGAGUACCUGGUGGUGUUUCCCUUUGGUUGGGACUUCCUGUUCACGUUCAGCCUCAAAGGCGAGGACCUCAUCGUGGCCCUCGACAACUCGGUGUCCCUGGCCGACCAGACCAACCUGCCCCUCAGCGCUGGCGUGGGUCGAUUCCUCUCGGUGGCAGGCCUGAAGUUCACUUGGAACCCUACCUUACCGGUCGGACAGCGGGUCGUGGACGUAUGGGUGGAGGGCGGUGAUGGCAAGUGGGGUAUCCUCGACCAUCAGCAGUACUACUCCAUCACCACGCUGGACUUCAUCGCCAAGGGAGGUGACAGCUACGAAGAACUCGCCGCCAGUGCCGUCAGCCCCACCAGCUCGCAGCUUACAGCCGCCACGGCCAUCGAAGCAGCCCUGGCCAAGUCAUUCGUCGAGCCGAUCUAUGCCAAGGUGGAUGGCCGCAUCGCUCUGUCCAACGGCACGCGCAUGACCUGCGUGGCGCCCGACCAGCGUAUCUGCUCCAACAACGGAUACUGCAAGGCCGGCGUCUGCCAGUGCACCGCGCCCGAAGCCGCCGGGCCGUACUGCAUCUUCGGAGCUAAAACAAACAGCACGGGCGGUUCCGACGUGACGGGCAUGGUGGUGGGCAUCGUCGUGCCGGUGGUGGGCGUCGUGGUAUGCGUGCUGCUCGUCGCCUUGGCGCUCUGCGCCCUCCUCAUAUUCCGCGUCACCAAGAAGAAAAAGGAAGAGUGGGACAUUAACUUCGAUGAGCUGGACCUGGACCACAAGCUGGGUGAGGGCUCGUUCGGCGAGGUCUACAAGGGCAAGUGGAAGGGGACCGAGGUGGCGGUGAAGGUCAUGACGCCGGGGCUCGUCACCAAGGAGAUGAAGCUCAACUUCCACUCGGAAAUGCGGGUCAUGAGCGCCCUGCGGCACCCCAACGUGGUGCUCUUCAUGGGCGCUUCCUCCAAGCCGCCGCGCAUGUGCAUCAUCAUGGAGUACAUGGCCCUCGGCUCCCUCUACGAUGUGUUGCAUAACGACCUGGUCCCCUGCAUUCCUAUGACACUGUCGCUCAAGAUCGCGCUGCGGGCCGCCAAGGGCAUGCACUUUCUCCACUCGUCCGGCAUCGUGCAUCGCGACCUCAAGUCCCUCAACCUGCUCUUGGACUCCAAGUGGAACGUUAAAGUGUCCGACUUUGGGCUGGGCAAAUUCAAGGACCAGAUCAAGGCGUCGGACAGACACAUCGGCAGCAUCCCGUGGACCGCGCCCGAGGUGCUCGCCGAGCAGCCGGCCGUUGACUAUAUGCUCGCAGACAUCUUCUCGUUCGGGGUGGUCCUUUUCGAAAUUGUCACACGGCGCAACCCCUACGAGCAUCUCAGCGCGGCUGCGAUCGCCGUGGGUGUGCUGAGGGACGACAUGCGACCGACAACGCAAGUCGACGAGGACCAGUUGAAGGAGGUGCCCGCGCUCUACCUCGGGCUGAUGCGAAACUGCUGGGACACCGACGCCAGCCUGCGCCCCACGUUCCUCGAGGUCAUGACCCGUCUGGAGUCCCUUGUCGAGGACGAGUCCCCAUCGACGGGCUCGUCCCCGAUCAGCAGCACAACCUCGUUCCGCCCUCCGCCGCACGCCUCCCUCGGCGGUGCGCGAAGCGAUAGUUCCGGCGGCUACGGCGAAGACGGCCAGGAGCUGUCGGAGAUUGAGACCGAUCGCCCACAGCUGGGCGCCGGCGGUACCAAGCCGCCACGUGGAGAGGUGGUGAUAGGCUUCUCGGACAUAGCCAACGGCGACGCCUUGUGGGAUUGGAACGCUGCGGCCAUGCGCGAUGCGACCCUCAUCCACAACGACAUCUUACGCGACCUCAUGAAAAAGCACGGAGGAUACGAGGCAGUGUUGACUGCCAUCGGGAACCACGGCGAGGGCUCGUUCUGUGUCGCCUUCCAGAAGUCGAUCGAUGCCGUCCGGUGGGCCACCGACGUGCAGAACGCGCUGCUCAAGGCAGAGUGGCCGGAGCUCAAGCUCACGACCGGUGGUGACAGGAGCUUCUCAAGUGCCCAGCUGCGGCGGAGGAGUGGGGCAUUGCGAGCGAUGGCCUUCUGUUUCGUGGGCCUCGUGUACGGAUGGGCUUCCACCUUGGACGGCCCAAGGUCGUGCGAGAACCUGUCUACCGCUCUACGCAAUACGCUGGGUGGCCAAGUGCUGGUGACAGACUCACUGCGGAGGGACCUCGAUGCCACCGCCACCGACAGAGCGCUCAUCAAGCGGCUCCAACCCUCUGGGACGCUCGACCUUCUCCAAUCCACAGACCAGGAGCUAUUCUUCGAGUUGAAAGUGGAGGGUCUGGAGGCGCGCUUCUUCCCCAAGACGGACACGUCUUACGCGGCAUACGGAGACGAGGCCAAAAAAGCAAAAGAGGACCACUUCACGCCGCCCACCUCCGACUCCUCCCCAGGCUCCUCCACCUAUGCCCUGCUGGACAACAAGGAGGUGUUCCUUACCAGCGCCAACCUCUGUCGGUGGAUCAUUGAUUACGAGGACCUGGCUCUGGGAGAGCAAGUGGGCACCGGGUCAUACGGCUUGGUCUACAUGGCCAAGUGGAAGGGCGUAGAGGUGGCCGUGAAGCGGUUCAUCAAGCAGAAGCUCACCGAGCGACUCAUGCUCGAGUUCCGCGCCGAAGUGGCCUUCCUCUCCGAGCUGCACCACCCCAACAUCGUCCUCUUCAUCGGGGCGUGUGUGCGGAGCCCCAAUUUGUGUAUCGUGAUGGAGUUUGUGAAGCGGGGCUCUCUGCGCACGCUCCUCUCCGACGCGACGCUCAAGCUGCCCUGGCAGCAGCGCCUGCGCAUGCUGCAUGGGGCCUCCCUCGCCAUCUCCUAUCUUCACUCUCUCGAGCCGGUUAUUCUGCACCGCGAUCUGAAGUCUUCUAACCUUUUGGUGGACGAAGCGUGGAACGUGAAGGUGGCCGACUUUGGGUUUGCCCGCAUCAAGGAGGAGAACGCGACGAUGACCCGGUGCGGCACGCCCUGCUGGACCGCCCCGGAGAUCAUCAAAGGCGACAAUUACAGCGAAAAGGCCGACGUCUACAGCUUCGGCAUCGUGAUGUGGGAGGUGCUCACGCGCAAGGUGCCCUACGCCGACCAGACCUUCAUGAGCGUCGCGCUGGAAAUCCUCGACGGCAAGCGGCCCGAUGUGCCCUCCGACUGUCCGCCCGAAUUCAAGCAGCUCAUGCAGCGCUGCUGGCACAAGCAUCAGGACAAGAGGCCCUCCAUGGAGGAGGUCACGGCCAGUCUCGAGGCACAGAUCGGGGGGAGCCACCGGCGGUGUGGCGGUGACAACGUGUAA